UGAUGGGCCGCCAAGUGACGACGAGCAAGAGCAUCUACUCUACUUGUCCUUCUACGUGCACCUGUGCUGCUUCAUAGCUCCUGCAGCAACAGCACUGCCAGACAAGUAAGCCAUGGACUCUGCGCCGCCCAUCGUCCUCGACCAGGGUACCGGUUUCGUCAAAGUAGGCUACGCCGGCACAAACUUCCCCGAACACCAAUACCCGUCUAUCGUCGGGCGUCCCAUCCUGCGUGCAGAAGAGCGUACAGGCGAUGUGCAAAUCAAGGACAUCAUGGUCGGUGAAGAAGCGGCUCAGGUCCGUUCCAUGCUGCAGAUUUCAUACCCCAUGGAGAAUGGAAUUGUUCGCAAUUGGGAAGAUAUGCAGCAUCUCUGGGACUACACAUUCUACGAGGCACUCAAAGUUGACCCUGCAGGCCGCAAGAUUCUACUCACUGAGCCACCAAUGAAUCCCGUGGCGAACCGGCAGCGUAUGUGUGAAGUGAUGUUUGAGCGGUAUCAAUUCGAUGGAGUGUAUGUCGCUAUUCAAGCAGUCUUGUCACUGUACGCACAAGGUUUGUCGAGUGGAUGUGUCGUUGAUUCAGGUGAUGGUGUCACACACAUUGUCCCGGUCUAUGAGUCAACCGUCCUCAAUCACCUGACGCGCCGUCUCGAUGUCGCCGGUCGCGACGUGACGCGUCAAAUGAUUUCUCUCCUUGCUCGACGUGGCUAUGCCCUCAACCGCUCAGCUGAUUUCGAAACGGUGCGUCAAAUUAAGGAAAAAUUGUGCUACGUCUCAUAUGACCUCGAGCUGGAUCACAAACUAGCGGAUGAAACAACAACGCUUGUGGAAGACUAUACAUUGCCAGAUGGACGUGUCAUCAAAGUCGGCAGUGAACGAUUCGAAGCGCCUGAAUGUCUCUUCCAACCACACCUCGUUGACUGCGAACAACCCGGUAUGGCGGAAUUCCUCUUCAACACCAUUCAAUCUGCCGAUGUUGAUAUUCGUGCAGACUUGUACAAGGCUAUUGUCUUGUCUGGUGGAUCGAGCAUGUACCCAGGUCUCCCAACACGUCUUGAAAAGGAACUCAAACAGCUUUGGCUGACGAAAGUUCUGCAUGGAGAUCCAACACGCUUGUCAAAGUUUAAAGUGAGGGUGGAAGAUCCACCGCGUCGGCGGCACAGUGUGUUCAUUGGUGGUGCAGUCUUGGCAAAUAUCAUGGCUAAUAAUGCACAUAUGUGGGUUACCAAGGCUGAGUGGGAGGAGUUUGGCGCAGGUGCUUUGAGUAAAUUGGCGAGGUAGACGACGCAGCACACAAAUAGCAUAGUGUCGUAUCAAGGUACAGAGAUACAAAGGCUAGCGCUAACGAAGUUGAAGAAGCACUUUACUGAAACUACGAUAAGGAACAGGAUCUGGCUGGGACCUGCUGCUGAUGACAGUUUAAAACAGAUGUUGCGAGAGCUCGUGGGAGUCAAUUCAGGGGUCAACCUGCGACACAAAGGCAUUAUUCUACAGAGCAGUUGUCCAUAUCGGUUUGCCUUUCUCGGUCGGAGACGUCGACAGACGUGCUUUCAUUCUUGGGUAGCAUGCGAAGAAUGCAUAAAAGAGGACACUGGCUCUGUGACUUACUGACGAUCGCAAACAGAAAGGUCUUGAGCAUGCCCAUGGGUCACUAUAUCGAAUUGGCCAGUUUGGCGGGCCAU